CGCACUUGAAUUCAGUCUGUGAACAGGCGCCGAGCACUGCACAGCUUUUUGCGUAUUUGUUGCGUUCUCGUCGUGUGAAAUUUUUGUGUGAAGAAAAAAAGAAUAAAAUUGUAUCCAAACCAAUAAAAGUUAAAAAUAAAAAUUUUCAAAUCCAAAUUCCCCGCUUAAAAAAAAAAUUAAUUAAAUUCAAGUAAAUUAUUCGCUUUUAUUUUAACGCUUCUAGUAACAAAGCGCCAGCGUAAAACGUGUCUCCCCACCCCCCGCCGCGUUUGUUUAUUUCGAAAAUUGGUAAAAAAAGAAUUUCAAGUAAAUAUUAAAAAAAAUCAAACAACACAACGCAGUCAGUUGUUGUUGUAAACAUAGUUAGGCUACACGAAAGUGAUAUUAAAGAACCGACCAACAAAAACAAAAAAGCGAGUGGCUCCAACAACGCGCCAGCUGGUGUUGCACGAAAUUUUCUCUGAAAGUUUUUUUUGCUGCUCCACAAAGUGAACUCGUCGUCGUCGCCAGUCGAUCGCCGCUCGAAGCAUUCAAUCCGUAAAUAAAGACGAGAAAUUUUCGUACCGCCGUGUAUCGGAAGCGUAUGAUUAAUAUACAAAUAAAAGUAAAUGUGUAAAAUAAACAGAAAUUAAAGUUGAGAAAUUCGCGCGCGCGUUUUCCAAAUUUUCCAACAACGUCAUUUACACUGAAUUUGUGCAAAAGUUUCGAAAAAAAACAUUUUGUUCUACUCUUUAAAAAAAAAAAAAUUAAAAAAAUCGCUUGAAAUCGUUAUCUGCUUGCCAAGUGAAAGACGGCAGCUAAAAGUGUGUUCUAACGUUUUGUGCUGUGCAAAUAUUAAUUAACAACAACAACAAUAAUAACAGCAAGCAAACGCUUCUAGUUUUUUAUUUGAUUGCGCUCUCCCAGCAACAAAUGUGUUAGUCUAAAAACCGGCUAAGCUAAAAUUGUAUUGUGACGAUAUUUGCUAAAUAACGCUACGAUUUUGAUUACAGCAGUGAAAAAUUAAUUUGAAUAUCCUGCGGCAUACAGUUUUUAUGUGUAAAUAAUAACUAACACUCACCCAGCAACACUAACUAAUUACAGUGGCAAAUAAAAGAAAAAGUGCAAAGCAGAAAAGUGGAAAAAACAUAAAAUUCCGUUAGUGCAUAUAUAUUUAACAGCGUAUAUAAUAAAUUAUGAUUUAUUAAACAAAUCAAAGCUAGAAAAUCAGCAACAACAACAAAUAGUGUGAAUCAAAGCGAAAAGUAAACAAAAUCAUAAUAAUAACGGUAAUAAGAGGCAGAAAGUCCACAAUAUUACUACUAUUUUUUAAACAAAAACCAAAAAAAAAGCGGCAAGUGCAUAAAUAUACAAACUGCCUAGUGCAAUUAUUGUUAUUGUUAUUCCUGUGAAUUACAACGCGCUGACAAGCAAGAAAAGUGCACAAGUUCGUCAUCGCGAUAAAAUAAAAAUAAAAACAACAACAACAAAAUAUUACAGAAAUAAAAAUAAGAACCGCAGCUAUAAUAAAAGGGAAACAACAAAAAAUCCCACAACAGCAACAAAACCAACAAAGCAACAACUACAGAUUUCGCCUUGUGCAUAUGACGAGCUCAUUUUUCUCGUGCAACAAGCAAGAAAAAUAGCAAAAAAAUACUAUUUUUCACAAAUUGAAACAACCAGCCCCAGCAACAACACAACAGCUGCUAAUGAACUGAGUGAAAAUUUUCGCAUUUCAUUUUCACUGAAAAUAAGUCUAAUAAUUGCAUGCAUAUGCGUGUAUGUGUGAGCGUGUGUGAAAAUGUUUCCGAUUUUUCGCACUGAACUCAGCAACUCGCCAAAGUAAAUGCCAAGCAAACUUCUGUGAUAUUGUAAAAACCGCUCAAACUUGCUUUAUAUCACUCACAAACAUUUGCAUAUUAAACAUUAGCAAAGUAAACAAAAAAAUAAAUAAAAAUAAAUAAACUCGAAAGCUAAACAAAUAAACACAAACUCCACUCAUAAAAACAAUACAAAUCUUAAAAGUACUAUCUAUCUACUGCUCUAUAAUUAUACCCGCAAAUAAAAAAUAUUACCCCCAAGCUACCCGCAAAAUAACCAAAAUCAAUAUAUUUUCACUAAGUUAGUGCCAGCAAAAAUAUUUUUGAAACUUGUGAAAGCUUGUAAAUUUUGCGUGAAAGCUCUACGAUAAAAAGCUUGAAGCAAACCAAAGUGAAAAGAAUUUCAAGGGAGCAAUAGUGUGCCGCAGUAACGGAAUUUUAAAAAGAAAAGCUUCAAAGGAAGCGCGUAAUUUUGAGCUUUAAGAACAAUUGGUCACCCGCUACCCCUCUUACCCGGCUUAUACCCAUAAAUUUAUAUUAAAAAAAACGCUAACUAUAAACACAUAGUAACAAAAAAAAAGCUAAAAAGGUGAAUACAUUUUAAUACCAAAGCUCCUGCUGCUAUAAAACGUGUGCAAAUUUGUAAAUUGGUUUCGAUAAUCUAUUGUUGAGCGCCAUCAAAUAGCCGCUGCAAUAAAUACAUAUAAUUCAAAUAGUUCUAAAACAGUAAACGAGUGACAUUGUUGCGUUUUUGCUUUCCAUAGCUUACAGUUUUUGUUACCGAGUGUCGAAAGAGUUGUCAAAAACAGCUCAGAAAGUAGCCGAAAGCAUAUAAAGCCAAUUAUUUUUGAAAUUCUAGUCAUUGACUAAACGGCGUUGCCAUAACAACGAACCGCGAUUCGCACAAACGUAAGCUAAGAAGUGCAGCCGUCAUUAAGUUAACUACGCCGCAAACUUCAAAGAUUUUUUGACAUUUUUCGUAAAUGUCAUAUUUACGAAUUUUUCAAAAAACCAUAAUUUUCAAAACAAGCGCAUAACUGACAAACAAUCUUUUUGUUGUAGAGCAAAACAAAAAAAAAUUAACAAAAAAAAUUAACAACGAAGUCAAACAGAAGUUCAACCAAUUUGACUACUCGUUAAAGCUCUUUUGUGAAAGUAGCUAAGCGACAGCAGAGCCACAAAUAAAGCCAUAACGCAGCUGUACCGAUAAUAACUCAUAAAAGUGAUGAAGUAGUGAUCAAAUAAUAAAAAAAAGAAAUUUCAUCAACAUAAUUGUUGUAUCAAAGCCUACUAGCCGAAAAACUCAAAAGCUCCUUGAACAGCUACCAAGCACAUGUAAAGUAUCAACGGUAAUAAAACAAAGAAAGAGAAAAGUCACAAACUCCCCUACUCGCGUUUUAUCACGUAACCAAACUACUGCGAAAAAAAAGUUACAAAAUUAAUUAAAAGUCAGUCAACUUUACCAAUAAUAACCCAAUUCAAGUAACACUUAUUGAACACAUUCAUAACAACCAACAAUACAAAAAUGGCAGCUGUCGUCCAUGUGAAUAGCCUGUUGAAUGGCAAAGAUUCACGCUGGCUCCAAUUGGAGGUGUGUCGUGAAUUUCAGAGGAAUAAAUGCUCCCGCCAAGAUACCGAAUGUAAAUUCGCUCAUCCGCCCGCCAAUGUCGAGGUACAGAACGGAAAGGUGACCGCUUGUUAUGACAGCAUUAAGGGCCGCUGUAAUCGUGAUAAACCGCCGUGCAAAUAUUUUCAUCCACCACAGCAUUUGAAGGAUCAAUUAUUGAUAAAUGGACGAAACCAUCUUGCCUUGAAGAAUGCACUGAUGCAACAGAUGGGUAUGGCCACUGGACAGCAAGUCAUACCGGGACAAGUGCCAGCCGUGCCUCUUGUUUAUUCACAGGCCACGAAUCCCUACUUAACCGGCAUACCGGCCAAUCCGUACCCUAGUCCAUACUAUGCGCCUGGAACUUUAGUGCCUGCAUUACUCGGACCAGAUCACACACAAUUGGGUCAGGUGGUGCCACAAACGGUACAAGUGGCACAACAGAAAAUCCCACGUUCCGAUCGAUUAGAGGUUUGCCGUGAAUUCUUGCGCGGCGCCUGUAAGCGCGCCGAGUCGGAGUGUCGUUUUGCGCAUCCGCAGGAUAGCGUCGCCCGGCACGAUGACGGUUCGAUAACGGUGUGCAUGGAUGCCGUGAAGGGUCGUUGCACGCGCGAUCCAUGCCGCUACUUUCAUCCCCCCUUGCACCUGCAGGCACAAUUAAAAGCGGCGCAAACGCGCGCCACUGCUGUCGCUACUGCGCACCAUCAUUCGACCACCAACAUACCGUCGUCAGCUGCCGUCGUCGCUGCCGCAGCCGCUGCUGCCCAACAGCAGGCCGCUCAAGCUCAAGCUCAGGUCCAGGCUCAGGGCACAACGCAGACGAAUGCCGCCAAUGCUGCUGCCGUCGCCGCUGCCGCUGCACUCGCUAUGGGUGCGGCUGGUGGUGGCGUGGCAGCGGGCGCUGGCGCUCAUCAUGCACAGCAUCAUCAUCAUCAACUGGAAGUGGGCAAGAAACGUGCCGCCGCGGACAAUGACAUGUUACAACUGAUGGAUGUUAAAACGGUUGGUUCAUUUUACUAUGAAAAUUUCGCUUUCUCCGGAAUGGUACCGUUCAAGCGUCCCGCUGCCGAAAAAUCCGGAAUUCCAGUGUAUCAACCCGGCGCGACCACCUACCAACAACUCAUGCAACUGCAACAGCCGUUCGUACCAGUGUCAUGUGAGUACCAAUCUCAAAAUGGUGGGACGCCAUUGAGCGCCACUACCACUACUUCUACUUUGAGUACUUCUACUACUCCUACUACUACUACCAAUAUGAAUCCAUAUAAUGCUACUACUGCAACAGCAGCAGCACAAGCAGCCGCCGCCGCAGCAGCCGCAACAACAACAACAGCGGCGGCUACAAUUGGUGCCGCCACAUUAUUAGGUGCUAGUAUCACAACAACACAACAACAACAGAUUGAACAGCAUCACCACCAACAACAACAACAACAGCUACACAAUCAACAAAUGCAACAACAGUUGCAUCUGUUGCCGCCACCACCACCAACCACAACAACACCAACAACAACUGUCACUUCCAAUUAUCAUUUACACCAACAUUAUAGUAGCAAUAGCACCCUGUAUAAUAAUAAUAACAACAGCAACAACAACAACAAUAUGAAUAAUGACAAUAGCAACAAUAACACAAGCGCUCUAACACCAACCACCCCACCCAAAUCCAAUUCCCCCUCCGCUAGUAGCAUUCAUACAACCACAAAUACAGAUUCAUUGCAAAUAACAAACACAACAACACCAACAUCACCACAAUCACAAUCACAAACAACAACAACCGCAACAACAUCGGCAGAUGUUAGUAGCUUGUAUGAGACAAGUAGUAGUAGCACAAACACGCAGGCUAGUAACGGUAAACAUAACGGCGACACAGCUAGUAAUGAUGCUAGCAUGAAUGAUGCGCCACCGUCGUCAACGUCAUCGUCGUCACCAGGCGGCGCAACAACAAUUUCGUCAGCGUAUGUGCCAUAUAAUAAUGGCGAUAGUAAUAUGGCUAGUAGCAACAACAACAACAACAACAAUAAUAAUGUAUUAUAUGUGAAUAAUAAUAUCUUGAGUAACGGUAGUAAUAAGUUAGCGUCCACAACAACACCAACAACAGCUAGUGCAGCAGCAGCGAGUGAAGGUGAUGAUGAAAUUGCUGAUGGCAACGUUGGUGCCGCCACAGCAGCAACAACAGUUACAUCAGCAAUUUUGGGAGCUGUCACAACAACAGCAACCACCAGUAGUACUAGCGCACUCUUUGCUGCUGCUGGCGCACACACUUUAGACACCACAACAACAGCCAAAACAUCGGCACUAACCGCACACACAGCUAAUGCUAGCGCUAGUAGACAUGAUAAGGACGCUAGUGAAGAAUGCAAUAACAAUAAUAGCAACAAACAUUAUUUUAGCAACAGCAAAUAUAGCUACAGUACUUCGGCUAACCAAUACAGCGUCGCCAAUUCUCCAGUCAAGUAUGCCACACACAAAACGUCAACCGCCGCCGCCAAUGAUGCGGCUCACUCCGCCUAUGCCGCAUACGCUUACCAAGCACAGGCAGCACAAGUAUCGCAAUCACAUGCGGCCGCUGUCGCCGCCGCUGCUGCAACCAACACUUAUCCGUCCACCAGUUUGUCCAAUGGCACGCACAGUGACACACAGUCCUAUAGCGUUUACAACGGCUUGAAUGGGCAUGCCACCUCAGCGGCCGGUAUAUUGCCGACUCCGCACUCAGCUGCUUCAACGGCGGUGUCCGCCGCUUCAGCGGUUGCCUACCAGCAGGCACAACAGCAACAGCAGCAACAACAAAUGUUACGUUUGUAUAAUCAGUAUGCUGGCGUGCCCACCAGCGCUGCCACCUCAUAUGCCAACCUGCUGGCCGCUUCGCAUGCUGGUUAUGCCACACCUACAACCACUAUGGCGCACAUGUCGGCAGCAACAGGCAUGACUGUGCCUUCGUAUGCCGCCGCUUAUGGCAUUACCGCCUCUUCGGCAGCAGGCAGUGGCACACUGACACCCACUUACGCCUACAGCACUUAUGGCAGUGCCACACCCACCGGAUAUUAUGCCGACGCCAGCGCACUCGCCAAAGACGCCGCGCAAAAGAACUAUAUGAAUGCCAUGAAAAUGGCCGCCGCCGUUAAUGCAAAUCAAUUGAGCGGCAAACCGCUCACUGCAGCCGCCGCUGCUGGCAUGCCAACUGCCGGCACUUAUGCUGGCUUGCAGUUAGGCAAAACAUACAUGGCCAUGCCCGGCAGCGCUAAUGCCAUAGUUGCACAGCAGCAGCACGCCGCGCUCCUACAUGCACAACAGGCAGCGCAAUCGCAGCAGAUGGCUGCAGCCGCCCACGCACAGCAUGCCGCUGCUGCCGCAGCAGCUGCGCAUAUGCAACGCUCAGCGCUGUCGGCAGGCUCACUGUCCAGCUCGGGUAUGUCCACGCCCAUCGGCACGCCAGUGCAUCCGCCCACUCAAGGCGCCACGGGUAUUGCUGCCGGUGGAUUGCUGUCGCGUCCCUCCUCUGCCACCGGUGGUUAUAUAAGCGCAGCUGCAGCACAUAGCGCUCUGCGUCCACAGGCAGUGCAGCUGGCGGCCGCGCCCUCCGCCGCUGGCAAUUCGCAAUAUGCCGCCGCAGCGGCUGCCAUGCAACAGCAGGGUUUCUUCUAUCCCGCUGGCAUGAUGGCUGCACCAGCCGCGUAUCCUUAUACCGCUAUCGGUGCAAUACCUACAGGUAUGCCCACAGCAGCUGGUAUGCCAACUGGGCUUGCUGGUAUGACAGCAGCGUCGACCAGUGCGACGGGCAGUGCCAUGGUGCUGAAUCCAUACAAGAAGAUGAAGACCUCGUAAGAAGUUUGCUUUGGAAGCGUUCAAACAUGCGCACACACAAAAUCCCACAGACUUACAAUACCGAACGGAUAUGACAAACUCAUUUGUGUUAGCUAAGUCCAAAAUUCAAGGGCAAGGCGCUGCGUUUCAUCGUUUUAUUUAAACAUGAAAGCUUGUUCAAAGCUUUUAUGGCGGCGUUUUACCAAUUCACUUGUACUUAAACAGCUACUUAAGCAUACUUGGCAAACAGCGCACAAAAGCAUCACAAGUAUGCGCAUUCUCAUCUGGACUUACAAACAGACAAUUUUAAUAUAAUCGUGCCUACUUUUUGGGUAUAACCUAAAGUGAAAGCUCUCAUAAGCUUUAAAAAGCUUACAUACAUGUUAGGAAUAGCGUAAUAAGAUAAGUAAAUAAAAAAUGUAUAACAACGAAAUAAAUAAAUACUUUCACAAAGCCCAUACAAAUCCUUCACGUCAACAUUAAGCUCCACAUAGAGCUUUCGCGCAUACAUUGAAGUUUGCAUAUAUACUUAAAAUAGACUACUAGCAUACUAAAUAAUAAACUUAAAUUAUAUGUGAUAUUCAAAUAUCAUAUGUAUAUUUCGUUAUAUAUAGCAGCUCGUUUCAGAUUUACGUAGUUGAAAGCUUUAAGUUGCCAUACAACAUGAGAUUUAGCACUUCAGUGUACUAAGAUUGUUAACAUUUGGCUAAAGCUUAAUGCGCAGGCAGUAUAAAGCUAAAAAUCUUUGAGCCAGGCGAUUUAUACUUAACUGUAAAACCCCUGCCUAAUUCAUGCCAUUUUUAAUAAUUAUAUAUAAUUUAGUCAAACACUUCCAAUUUGCCAUUAAAUACUUUAAGUAUAUUCUAUUAGGGACUACUGUGAGCUUUUCAAAAAUUCUCCACCAAUGAGUAUAGCAUUUGUAUAAUUUGAAAUUAUAAUUUGUGGACAUAUGAACAUAAAAAGAAAAUGAUUAAUUAGUUAGCUAAAAAAGCUUUCCCAAUGCAUCGCACAACUAACGAUUUACUGUGAUAGCUGGAAAUUUACAAAGCUUGUCCACUUCCACAAAAGCUUUAGUUGUAAAAGCUGUACAAAAGCUUUUUAAGUACACAAAAGGAAAUCUAAUUCAAUAAUGCUGAUGCAUCAUCAACACACCAAAACUAGUGAAAGCGCAUGUCAAUAGCAACGAGCUUUCAGUUGAUUUGUGUAAAAUAGCGGCUUUUCAAUUAUGCGAUCGUUCCUAUGUAGCCAUAAUACAAUACAGCAAAUUAAAAUCACUAUAUUUCGUAAUAAACCCGAAAAUUUAUUAACUACUCCUUUGGGUAAAAUGAAAGCUCUCACAACAACGUUUUACAGCUAAAUGAAAAUAACGUAUUUGUAAAGCAGGCGGCGCUGUAUUAAUUAGCGUGAAAUAGCAACACAGCACAACAAUAUGCACUUAAAAGUAGUGAAAGCUACACAGACUUGAUGAAAGCUUCGUAACAAAAGUAGUGAAAGCUUCGAAAAACUAGUGAAAGCUCAUUUUAACUAUAUAUUUAUAGAACAGGACUCAAAAACACACUAGCGUUAGUUUCGAAGCAUUGCUGUGAAAAAAAUCUGAGAUAGAGCAUUAAAAGCUUAUUCUCUCUCUCUCGCGUCUUGUUGUGCCCACCAGUCGUCUAAAAAGGCGCUAGUUUUUCUAUUAUUAAUAUGUAUUUUUUUUCAGUGACACUGUUAAAAAAUUUCUUAGUUUAUAGUAUCUAUAUUAGCCAUAAGUAGUUUUCGUCCCAUUUUGUGUUGUGUGUAUUGCACUUAUACUCACGCACACAUACAACUUAUACUCUCUCUAUUUAAUUUCCAUGCUCAUUGCUAGAAUAGCGCUCUUAUGUUGACCAAAGUAUUUGUAGACAUAUACACGUUUCAGUUCGAACACUGCCGCGCCUAGCCACGCUAGGAGUAUUUGAAAUUAUAUAGUCAACUUUCUGAGCAUAUUUCUCUACUCACUAAUAGUUUGCUAAGUCAGAUUUUCCUCUAAAUUAUUUAUUUCUUCAAUUGUUCCUUUAAUUAAUAUAUUAUAAAUAAGUUUAUGUUAUAUGCAAUACAUGAACAACAACAACAGCAAAUACAGCGUAUGCGCAUUGUGUGAGAGCCGCGCUCUCAUUACGCCAUUUGCGUUACACUGCAAAAAAUAUAUACGUAGUACUUAGUAAUUAAACGUUUUAGCGUAGUUUCUUGUUUUUUGUGUUAUUUUUAAAGCAUUCAAUAUAGAUUUACGUAGUUGUUUUAGCAUUUAGUCUAGUGUUUAGGUGUUUCAAAAAAGCGUUUACUUGUUUUUAAAUUGAAUUGAUUUUUUUGAAAAGCAAUUAUCAAAGAGUAUUUAAGCAUUUACAUUUUUUUGCUCUUAGUUUAAAGAAGUUUGCGCUCAAAACAACUCUAUGUGCUAGUUGUUAGUAUUUUUAUUUUUUGGUUAUGUGCGUAUUUAUUACCGUUAUUUUUUAAGUGUUUUUUUUUGUUAAUUUGCUAAUUUUUAAAUACUUAGAUCUCUUGUGAUUAUUAUGCAUAAUUUUUUGUAAUUUAUUUAUUAUAAUUUUUUUUUGUGUAUUAAAUAUUUAAUUAUAUAGUAUUGCUGUAACCGUUACUACCUUAAUAAUUUUUGUGAGCAUAAUUUUUGCAUUAUUGUAAUCGUGAAGUCCAGUGAAUUUGUGUUAUAUUCUAUUUAAUUUAAUGAAAACUUACUUAACUUUUCGCAAUUAAAUGUAUUUUUUUUUAUUGAAAGAAGUAGUAGGCGAAAACAUAUGCUGCAUAUAUUGCCAAUAUUAUAUAUAUUAUUUUUCUUUCUGCGCACUUUUAAUAUAGUUUCAAAAUAUUUUUUUCAUGUAAAAAAUAUAUUCUAACUAUAACUAGCUUCAAUUUCAGUACAUUAGAAUUCAUAGACAUAUAUGGUAUGUAUUAGUCUAGCUUUAGCGUGCUUACUUAACUACUCACUCUAAACAGCCAACUAGCCAAUAUUCACACUGCGCCUGGUUACUAUUACACCGACGCACACGCACUCAAAUACAGCGCUACGCUCACAAACUCUCUAACACUCAAGCCCGCUGACACUCAAUGGAGUUCUAACACAAAAACUCUCUUACACUCAAACUCUCUAACACUCAAACCCCUCUCACACUCAAACUCUCGCCGCUCUCAUUCGCACUUUGACACACUGUAUGCAUACGCAGAGCUAAAGCUUUGUGCUCCAAACGCUUACUACACACAACGAAAUAUUAGAAACUUUUGACUGCAACUAUAAUUUUGCGCUUUCUCUUCCACUCAUAUGCAUACUACGUUGCUAUGUUUUGACUGUACACUGGAAAAAAUUAAAGAUAUUUUUUUGGUUCACAAAUAUAUGGCAACCAUCAAUGUAUGUAUGUGCGUUGAUAAAACAAAAACAACACAGUGAAAAUAAUGCUUGAAGACUCAUAUUAAAUAAAGCGCUAUAUAUAAUUUUAAAAACAAAAACAACAAAAAAAUUAUAAGCACAUUUGUAAAUGAACUAAAAAUAAAGCUGAGCUGCGAUAUAAAAUCGAAAAAAGCUCAUUGGCUUUACUAUCUGGCUGGCGUAUUAGUAUAUAAUUAUUACAAAAACAAAAAAUAUAUAUAUUGCUAUCUACCUAUAAAACUAUGCUCUAGAAAUUUGUUGUAUUCAUUUAGCACAUGCUAAAGUGAGACCUUCAUUAUUUUUAACUGUUUUCCUGUAUGUCAUAUUAUUUGGUUAUAAUUAUUAUAUUUAUAAACAUAUGUAUGUAUGUUUUUUUUAAUCUAAUUACUAAAAACUUUGUAUCACUGUUAGUUUGCCUUUUUCUCGUCUACUUGGGAAUUAAAAAAUAUAUUAUAAAUUAUGUCAUUUGUUAGUAUAUGUAAAAAAAAAAAACAAAAAAAAUUAAUAUGAAUAUUAUACACUUAAAAUAUUUUAACUACCACUGACUACUGUUAUUAUUAAUAAGUACAUACUAUAUUCAUUGCUAUUGUAAUUUUAUGUUUUUAAUUAAUUGUUUGUUUAAUUUUGUGAAAACAAUUUGGAAAAUCAAUUUAUAUAUAUUUAAAAAUAUAUUUAGCUUAAAAAAACAAUUGGUAUUUUUUGUUUGGUUGCUUAAUAUAUUGUAAAAGCUUGAUAAAGCUCUACAUUUUAUUGGUUGUAUACUUUUUUCGAAAAAAAUUCCACUUUUCAUUUGCUGUGGUUUGGGUGCAAACACACAACAAAUCUGUCGUUUGCUUUUCUUGCUUGCGCUCUUUUUUACUCAAAAAUCUAUCUGUCUCUCUCUCUCUCUCUCUCUCAUUACUCGCUAUUUCGAUUACUCUGAAGGUUUAUAAAUUGCUCACGCUUAUACACGCUUUUAUGCCCUCAUUUGAUUCUUUAGUUAUGCUACUUUUUGUAUAUUCAUUCAUUUUUCCAUUACGCUCUCAUUUAUGCGCUCUCUCGCGCGCUGGCUUCUAUAUAAAUAUGUGUAAGUAAUGUAUGCUCUCAUUUUAGUGCCUUCAUACUCAUUUUUUAUGCAUUAUAAAUAUAAAUAUUUGAGAUCUCUUAUUUAAUAUGAUGCCUUGAAAGACACGUCAUUUUAAACUUGGCAGCAGAAAUCUAUUUGCAAUUAUAUUUUAGGUAUAUUUACAUUUUUUAUAAUAUAUUAUACUAGUUUUAUUUAGUUAAAUUCUUAUAGCUCUCUAUUUUUUUAACAAAUUAGUUCUCUCUGAGAAAAAUGUCUUUGCAGCUCUAUACAAUUAAAUCGCUCUCUAAUAUAUAUUUCACGGUAAUUUUGCAAUAUCUCUAUAACUUUACUUUCUUAAGAUGAACUAAUUCUGAUAUAUUAGUACUUAAACUCUCAAAACCGUUGAGAUGAGUGCAACACUGGGAAUGAGUGAAACUAGUUGAGUAUUUUCAAAAGCUCUCUCAUCUGCUCUCGCUCAGUUUUCUCUCACAAAAUAUUGCUCGAAAGCUUGGGUAUGACAAGCAUACCGAUCUUGUCAAUAAAUCUUCACUAUUUCCGAUUAUUUAAGAAACCGUAUAUCAGUUUCUUUUAUAAACUGUUCAUAAUCAGUAAUUACGACUUUUUGAAUUUUUCACCUAUUUAAGCUUUUACGCGUUUAAGCUUUUGCAAUCGCUCGCCAUUUCAUUGUUAUAGAUUUUUAUAAUAUUAAAAGCUUGCUAACUUUACAUUAAAAACUCAAUCAGAUAAUUUUCGAUCGAAAUGCUCAAAUCAUACCCAUAGAUACUCCAAACAAUUGAAAUGUAACUUUCAUCAAUUUAGUCUGAUUCAUUUUAGAGCUUUUUUAUGAAAGCUUUUUGAUAUGUCUUGCAUGAAAAUCAAACCAAAAUUAUAUUAGAGCUUUUACUAUACGUAAUUUUAGCAGUAUUUUGCAUAAAGCACUGACUGUGAAAUGGCUGAGAAACAUUCAGUAAGCUUUUUCGAAGUUAAUUUUUUUUAUAAUUUUCUAAUUCUAAAUUUUUCUGGAAUACAUCCAGUGCGAGACUUUAUCAACAAAUCGGGUUUAGAAAAUGCUUUUCAAAAAAUAUUUCAAAACCAAACUAGUUGUUUUAUAUAAUUUUUCUUUUUAAUUUUUUUCUUGUUGUUUUGUUUUUCAAUAUUUAUAUAUUUUGACCACAAUGUAUAAAAAUAAGAAGUCAGCAUACGAAAUACUAUACAAAAUAUUUACAAAAAAUUAUUAGGGAAUUUAAUUGAAGUUUUACAUUUUGAAAACAAAGUAUAUUAUAAUCAUAUUAAAAAUAAAAUACCACAAAAAUUAUAUACCAAAAAAUAUAUAAAAAGUUUUAAAAUUUAAAAAUGUAGAAUAACGUUCGAGUUUUGAAGUUUUGAAAGUUAGACAUUUUUGCGAAAAAUAUUAAAAAUAUAAAAUGACCGCCAAAACGGUAUACUACUUAUAGACGAAUACAUAUUUAACGAUAUGUACGAUGUAUGUAUGUUUACAAUAGUUUUUUAAUAUUUAUUGAAAGUAGUGAACUUUUAAGCAACAGUUCCACAGUUUAAUGAAAAGCAAAUUCAGAAAAGAAAAAAACCAAGGAAAAUUAAUAAACAUCGCACGAAUUAGCAAAAAAAAAAUAAAGAAUUUCUGUAGUGCGUUUAUAGCAACGUUUCGAAAAAAAAAUAUAGAACUGCAAAAUAGAAUUUUACAUGGAAGAAAGGUUUACAAUAAGCAGAAAUUAAUAACAAUGAAAUUUAAAUAUUUCGAGCUUUUACUUCAGUUUAAAACACUUGAAUAUUUUUUCACAUCAUCCAAAUCAAUGCAAUAUAUUUUCCGUUGCUAAUAAUUAUUAUUUCACAAAAGCUUUAUUAAAUAGUCCACAAUGUUUUUUAUUCAACCGCUUUUUAUAUAUUGUAGCUUUUGAGCUUUUGCUAUUAUUGCACACUUAAAGCACACACACACAAAGCAUCAAGGAAAAAAAUACAAAAUAUAAAACACUACUCAUUAAGAUAGCCGUGAAUGACUAAACAAAUUUAAAAAUCUCAAAUAUGUGCGGAAAAAGCUCUAUGCUAAGAUAAUAUUUUGAAAGGCGACAGGGGCUAGAAUUUAUUGUGCCACAGUUAUAUAAAGAAUCAUUGAAAUCAAAUAAUAAUAAUUCUCGAUAGUUUCAAUUGCAGGUAAAAGCUCAAAAGCUCUCUCGCUUGGUUUUAUUAAAGGGUUGUUCAAAAUUCAAACGCUUUAAUAAUAAAAAAAGUUUUUAUUCGCAGUCACGUACUCAAUAUUUGAAAGCCAUAAAAGGAUUCAACUUAAGCAUUAAAAAGAAUUAGUUUUCAAAAGCUUCAAGUAUCUCCGGUAAAAAAAAAUGUGCAUAAUUUUCCCUCUUCCGAACAUAUUGAACAAGAACCGUCAUUUAAUUACUUUAUUGUAGCGUAAAAACGAAUUAUCAACCGUCCAUACAUUAAAUGAAAGCGUUUGAAUGAAGUGAAUAUUAAAAGCCUUUGUAGACGAUUAUAAAUUUACAAAUAUUUUAUGAAAUAUGGACAUACAAUUGAAUAGCAAGAUAAAAAAAUUAAAAGGAAGCUAAUGGUUUAAUAGGAAUAUGAAAUGAAAGCUCGAUAAAUAUGAAAGCACAAGAGCAAUAUAAAGACGAAAUGGGAAAGCAUAAAUUUAUGAAAGCUCUUGAUAAAAAUGAAAGCUCGCAGGUAAGA